UCCUAAACGAAUGAAGGAUUUGAGUUGGAGCUGUAGGGUUUUUUUGUGUGUGAAGGGUGUCGGUCGGGUAAUUAGGUCUUGGUAUAAAUUACAAGUCAGUAUGGAACAGGAGAGAAGGCAGGAAAGGAAGACACCAAUAGAAAGAGCUUAUAAUUGUUUAACAUAAUUAUUACAGCACCAAUACUACUUAGAGAAUAUUUUUUAUGACUGUGGAGGUGGGUUUGUUUAAGCAUAAUUGUCGAAAUUGAUAGUCACUGCCUUAAGAAUAUUUCCCGGAGCUGCCAGGAAUCCAAGAGGGUUCGAAUGGAAGGCAUAACGAUCUUAUCGCACUAAGAGCUUGUGACGGAACAUUAUUUUUCAUUCCCUGAAAUGAACUAAGAUAAAUAAAUAUACAGCAAGAGGUUGCGAGUCCACACACAAAGGCGACAUCCACAUGAAUACACGCUCUGGUAUUGUGUAGAAGCUCCGCCUGCAGCGUGACUGUCGGUGGGUCAAGACGAUGUGACAUGUAUAGCUGGUGAAAUCCAGUAUUGCGGCACAUCACAGACGAGGAAACAUAGACAGCGACAAGGAAACAACAAAACUGCAAACGGGUUACAAUAUGGAGUGCUAUCAGCCUUCCUGAGGGCGACAGAAUUGCAACCAUGAGCUUUAUGCUGUAGCUGUUUCUUUCUCUGUCUGUGUGCUGAUCGGGAAGAAUGCAGCUCUGGAGACCGGGAGGGCUGCAUUAAACAUGAUGAAGACCGAUACAUCCUCAGCAUCAGCAGCAGCGAGCCUGAGGAGCCCUUCUCCCCACCGCAAUGCCUAUGAAGCAGAGAUUCAGGCUCUGCAGCAAAAUAGCAGCGACAGCAAACCCACUGCCAAUGGAGAGCAGAAAGCAGCUGAGGAUGCCGAAGGGAGGAAGCAGAGCCGGGGCAAGAAGUACGGAUCCAAUGUCCACAGGAUCAAGAACAUGUUCCUGCAGAAGAUGGGCACCACCCCGAAUGAAGCGACUGGCAUACCAGCCAAAGGCAAGGAAAGGGCUGUACGCUUGUCCCUACCCAGAGCCAGCAGCCUGAAUGAGAAUGUUGACCACAGUGCCCUCCUGAAGCUUGGCACUAGUGUCUCGGAGCGGGUGAGCCGCUUUGACACCAAGACCGAGAGACCCUUCUCCAAGCUGCAGGAGACCAGGAAGCUCUUUGAGAAGAACAUCCAGGAGAAGAACGUCUCCAACCGGAUCUUGCUGAAAAAGGAAAGGGCUGGGCUCAAGGAUAGCAAGUUGGACGUGGUGGUCCGCUUCAAUGGGAGCACCGAGUCAUUGGACAGCCUAGAGACGGAGGCCAUUUCACCCACAGUCAGUCAGCUCAGUGCUGUCUUUGAAAGCGGUGCCAACCAGCGCAAAGCCCUAGAGCGAGGGCCAAGGCCAGGCACCUGCCCCCUCAGUUCCAAACCACUAUCCAGAAAGUCAAAAUUAGUUCUUAAGAACCAGCAAGAGGCACUUAAGACAGAAGGUGGGAGUAACAGCGAUGGCGAUGCCUCCUUUGAUCUACCUGGGGCCUCAGGCCAAAUCAGAAAAGAAAAUGAGGAACUGCAGUCUGAUAAGCCUCUGGGUGGUUCCCCAUCUGGAAACAACUUAGCCAGCAAGUUGGCAUCACUUGUGAAGCACGGGGACAGCUUGAAAGAAACCAGGCCAACAGCAACUGCACAGAGGUCACAAAAAGUUGACGAAGUCAGAAAAAUUAGGCCAGUGGAAGUGGAAGACACUGUAGUUUGUGAUCAGAAACCUGGACCUACGGAUGAUGGAAAAGAGGAUCCAGAACCUGUUCUGAACGACUCUGAAAAUGACACUGGACUCCAAAAGGGAGAUGCCAUUUUGGAAACUUGUGAGAUUAAAUCGGUUGAGACCGGAGCCCUGCUCCAUGAUGCUGGUUCAGAAAAUGGAGAUCUUCCCAAAGACUCUUUGGAUCGUUUCCAGCCCUCUCCUUUGGAAUCCACAGAAGGGACUGCACAUCAGGUCGAGGAGUCCUUGUCAUCUAAAGCAGAUUCCUUUGAAGAGGGUGAGCAGGUUAAAAAUGACCUAGAUCUAUAUGAUCAUUGCAAAAAAAAUGAAGAUGUUUCUGAGGCUGAUAUGGUGGAUAUUAGCGCCUUUAGUGGGGUUGGUGAUGAAUCUGAAGGAAGUUGUCUGGAUGAUGAUGAGGAUGAUGCCUUUGAACCAGAAAGUGGCUAUUCAGAGAUCACUGGAUUAUCUGAUGAAGAGGAACCCAUGCCACAUAGAAAGAUUCGCUUUAGCACCGCAUCAAUUAAAGUAUUCACUACUUAUUCCAAUGAGGACUAUGACAGGCGAAAUGAUGAUGUGGAUCCCAUGGCAGCAUCAGCAGAAUAUGAACUGGAAAAACGUGUGGAAAGGCUGGAUCUCUUUCCUGUGGAACUUGAAAAGGAUGGUGAUGGCCUGGGUAUCAGUAUCAUCGGUAUGGGAGCUGGAGCUGAUAUGGGCUUGGAAAAGCUUGGAAUAUUUGUGAAGACAGUAACUGAAGGGGGAGCAGCUCACAGGGAUGGCAGAAUCCAAGUGAAUGAUCUAAUUGUGGAGGUUGAUGGCAUCAGUCUAGUUGGUGUGACCCAGAGCUUUGCAGCUUCAGUCCUUCGAAACACGAAAGGCACUGUCAGGUUUUUGAUUGGACGGGAGAAACCUGGAGAAACCAGUGAAGUAGCUCAGCUGAUUCGUCAAACCCUAGAACAGGAGCGAUGGCAGAGGGAAAUGAUGGAGCAACAUUACGGGCAAUAUGUCGAUGAUGAUGAGGAGACAGGAGAAUAUGCGACCGAUGAAGAGGAGGAAGAGAUGAGCCCUAUGUUCGUUAACAGUGACAUGGCAAUUGAAGUUUUUGAUCUAGCAGAGAAUGAAGAUAUGCUUUCACCAGUGGAAAUGGAUCCUGAAAAGCUGGUGCAUAAAUUUAAGGAGCUUCAAAUAAAGCACGCAGUAACUGAAGCAGAGAUUCAGCAGCUGAAAAGAAAGCUUCAUUCAACAGAACAGGAAAAAAUGCGUUGGCGAAUGGAAAAGGCCCAGUUGGAGCAGAGUGUUGAGGAAAACAAGGAACGUAUGGAGAAGCUGGAGAGUUACUGGAUGGAGGCCCAAACUCUUUGUCAAGCUGUGGAUGAACAUUUGAAAGAGACACAGGCUCAGUACCAGGCCUUAGAGAGAAAGUACAGCAAAGCAAAACGCUUGAUUAAGGAAUACCAGCAGAAGGAAAUAGAAUUUCUGAAAAAAGAAACAGCUCAAAGGAGAACUUUAGAAGAAACUGAAAACUCACAUAAAGAAGAGAUUGAGAAACUUAAGAGCAAGGUUACAGAACUGGAGACAAGCCUAGAGUCAAUGAAAAAUUCCAAUGCAAUUUAGACGUGAAGAUCUCUUUCCAUCACCUUUACUUAAAACAAAACCUUCACAUCAGAGCAACAGGCCUUGGAAAAUUGACAUUUUCCUGUUUGUUUUCCUCUGGAAGGUUUGUAUGAGUUGCACUCAGUGCAAAGGAUUGUGUUUAUGGGGAGUUUUUGCAUUGUUGUCUUACAUAAAACAAUUUGCCAAGUCACUUUCAAACAGAUGGCCAAAUCAGAGCUGCUCAGUGAAGUAGUAAAGGGCAGCAAUGAACUGGUCUGCACUAAGAUUGGACUUGCUCCUUCAGCCACCGAACUAGUACUGUCCCAUUCAGUUUAUUUAGUUUAUACAGAAACAAUCAAAAGGUUCUAACAAAUGAAUGUUCAUUGAAGGCAGCAUCAAUACAAAGGUAAAUUGCAAUGUUGCUGUUAGCUAAGUCUUUGGUGAACUAUUACUUCAAGAAUAAAAUGAGGUGUCACUUGUCCUUAUGUCAUGAGUGAGAAUGCACAAGUUUUUUUAAUGUCUGAGCUCAAAGGCAGGUUCAAUCAAUGGUGUAUUUGUUUUCUUGUUAUGCGUGAUUUACUUUUGCAAAUUAAUGUAAGCCAUACUUAUUUUAUCUGUUUGUUUUGUUCUGUUCUGUAUUGGAAAGCAUUAUAUGACUAAUGAUAUUGUCACCUCAGUGGAUGGUUCAUUUUAUAUCUGCAUAGUGUGACGGUACCAGUAUCUGUCUUAACAAACUUUGUUAUUAGACAUAUAAUUUUAAAAUAAGAUAAACCAAAUUUCAUUACUUUGUUACUGAACAAGUGAGUAUGAAGUGGAAUUAAAACUUGUAUAUUAAACUGGGAAUGUAAAGUUGAAUAGUGGUUGCUGUAAUGGACUAAUGAAGUAGAUGGUUGCUCAGUUAAAGAUACUGAAAAUAUUUCAUUUGUGGUAUUUGCCUGUUUUUUUUUUAACUUUAUCUGCUUCCUUAUUCCAUGCUUCUCUUGGAUCUACCAAGCAUUAUCAUUGAUUCCUAUCAUUAUUCGUUGUGCCAUAUUUGGUAGAUCUUUUCAAUAUUGACAUUACACAUGUACAGAAACGAAGAUGAGUGUUUGUGUAGAUGUAUAGCUGAAAUCCAUGUAAUUUCUAGUAUAAGAUGUAAGAAUACGAAAGAACAGUGCUGCACUGUAAAGAAAAAAAGUAUGUUACAUGGCGAGAUAGGUUUCUAGAGCUGUGUAUUACAGAAGCGAAGGAGUCUGCUAUUGUAAUUGAAUGAUUUCUCCAUUGGGUGGAGGAUGGUAGUGCAAGGAAUAUAUAGAUAUAUAUGAAUCCAUUCUAGCAUUUAUUUUUUAGAACCCUUAAUUUGCUCUACCCACCUGUCAUCACAGAUGUAUCACUUGGCAAAAGCCAAUUUCUGACUUUUCCUGUAAAUUCUCAAUGGCUAUGUCCAUUUCUUUACCAAUUCCAAAUGGGAUGGGACAGAAACAGAUGGCUUGAUUCACAUGAAGAGAGAGCACAUGUCUCUUCAGAGAAUCUAAUAAGACUCAAAUGUAUGAAAGCAUCAGUAGUUCAAUUUCCUGCUUGUUACCAUGCCAACAAACAUAAAAAUAUAUGCACACACUAUAGUUAAUUUCGCACUGGAAUAUGUACAAAUGGUGUGGUGUGGAGGGAAUUGUUGCAGUUUGUGUGGAACAUUGUUCCAUUUGUACAGCUGCUAUCCUUAUCCAAAAUGUUUAAUAAAUGAGAACCAUUCUAUCUAUUAGCAGCAUGUCCUGUCCCAGUUUCAGUACCAGCCACUGGGAGAGGCUGGAUAUUCAGCUUGGCCAAGCCUCCAAAUAUGUAGGCCAUCCAUUCUGCAUCUGACGUCUAGAUACCAUUUACAUAUUCUUGGCAUCACAACCAGAUGGUCUACCCAACAAGUACUUGCAUUGUUGAGUCUCAUAUUAAUUAUUGACUAUAAAACUGAGUUCCUCCAGAAGAACCCUCGAAGAUCAACCUCUUUUGGACUCCUCUCUGUGCCACACUUGUUCUUUUUGUAGCAUAAGGUGGCUUCACUGAAUGCGGCAACAAUAGGAAGUAGUGUGUGGGCAACAAAAACUGUUUUACAAGAUGGAAAGCAAUUGAACAAAUGUCUAAGCUAAAGUGUUUUAGAUGACUUAGACUGUGCAGAAAUUGAUCCAAUUAAUUAAGUUUUGAGACAUUUGUAUUUAACCAGAUAAAGGUUACAUGUGACUGGCUUAAAGUAUAGACAUUGACAUUUGGUGAUAAGCCUCUGCUCCAUUUACUAUUGGACAUAAAAGCAAAAGCACUGUAACAUUUUGGGUGUACCUGGUGAAACCUAAUGCAGGGGGCCUAUGGGAAGGGUGCCUUGAAUCAGCACACCAGUAGUGCAUGAGUCCCAUUGGACCUCAGAAUGUGGUAUCUGUUAACAAAGUCACCAUUUUGAAAAAACAUUCUGAAGACCUUUCUAGCUGUUUGUCAGACCUACCCUGUGCCACCUCUCGUAGCCAGCAGUUUUGUCAUGUCUGUGCCCUAAACCCUCUUCAUUACAACAUAAUUGUCCAUACAACAUGGUCCUUCACUGAUUGCUGGUGCCCACUGUUCUUAACUUGGUACUCCUAGAACCACAGGAAUGAAAUUGUCAGAGCCCCAGAAAGUUAUUAUUAGUCCUGGAUAUUUACUAUCUCUCAAAGCCAGUUGAAACAUUGGACAUAAAUAGCAGUAUCUCGUGGGAUAGAGUUCUGGAGACUCAUCAAAAAUGCAAGUUCAAAUCAUAUUUUCUGCUGUGAUAUAAUUUUCACUAUCUGAAUUUUAUUGCACUCAAAGAUUGAGGUUUCCAGGUGAUCAGAUAAGCCUUUGGAGCAAGAACUUUACAGUCUAUUUAGGGUGUUCAGUGAAGGAAGGCUAGAAACAUGAGGUCUACCUCUGUUCUCUUUGAUCUUUCUAAACAAAGUAAGGAACAUGCUUGUUAUGUGGCAGACUGGAGGUUUUGUAAGGGGGCGGAAAACAAUUUUCAUUUGGAAUCAGAAAGUUUAUGAAGUUUUGUUACUUAUUAAUUGCAACUUUCCAACUAUAAUAAGUGGCCAGUAAUAUGUUAGAAAGGACUAUGUGGUGCAGUGUGACAUCGUCCUUUGAACUUUUCCCAAACUGAUAGAGUGACAAUGUCCUUUUCCUGUCUCCAGUGGUUUGAAGUGGAUGGCAUUGGUUACUCUGAGCCAAUUUCCACUUUCUCAGCAAUAAUUAACAUUAGAUUUCAAAUCACAUGCUGUGAUAGAGAUAUAUAAAAUGAGAGUACAGCUAAGGGACAUUAUAAUAAUGGUCUAGAGGAAGCAUGACUUUGCAUCUUAGUCAUGUCCUCAGAAUGCUUUGUGUUAAUACAAGGUGCAAAAAGUAGUAAAAUGUUCCACUGGCACUGACAUCCGUCACCUUGAAGAGCACAAAAAUGCCUCCACGUUAUACUGAGUAUUGCAAUGAACAUUCGCAAAAAGCUUAAGCAGCAAGCCACUCAUCCAGCCUGGUUCAAAUUCUUGUUUAGAACUGCCAUUUCUCCAUUAUUUUGGAAGGAGAGGUGGAAAACACUGAGCCAUAUUGGGUUUUUGUUAUCUGCGUACACAGGUGCCGUUGCUACAGACUGUUAUAGGUUUGAGAUUUCAGCAGCCAAUAGUUUGCAUUAAGCCCUGUGUCCACUAUUUGAGAUUUUGUUGGGAUUGAUUGAUUUCACUUGUGUAUAUGUGAUAAUUGUAUUUGGUGAAAUGUAUACAAACUUCAGCAAAGUUAAAUUGUUUAUUUUAUGGCUUUCAACCAUGUUAGCUCAAUGUUAAUUAAAUUUCCUGUUGAAAAGGUAUUAUCUAGCUUAUAUGAAAUUAUUAACCUUCUGUUUCUUUUUACUAUGAUUAAUCUUGUCCAAAAGAUCCUUAAGUUUUAUAACAAGGAUCGCACUGAGGCUGUCACAAGAAAUUUGUAGGAACAGAGUUCUUAAUGUUUCUGGGAUGUCUUGCGACUUAUAGGUAGGCUCGUCCUGAUGUUUUGCCCCAUGUUAAAUUUGAAUGUCAUCUGUUAAAACCUACUUUAUUUUGAAUGUAUAUUAAACAUAUCUGAACUCAUUAGAAGAAAUGAUGUGUAGCAUGAAUUCAAACAGUACAGUACAGAAUAAAGUUGACAAUUCACUCUGUAGGAUAUGCCCUUUUAAGAUCAUAUUUUUUCCAUGUUCAGAUUAUAUUGCAUAGAAAGAAAUUGACAUAUCCCUUGCAGUAAGCUCAUCUUAUCAAUAUUAAAACCUGCAUUUUUAAAAUAACUUAAUGGCACAGCCAUGAAAAAAGCAAAAAUUGCAAAGGAGCUGCGUACGAACAAAAGUUGCAUUGUAUCAGUAAAGUCAUAGGGAAGGCAUUGAAGAGUGCUAGCUUCCAGGAGAGGUGAACUGGGGUCAGCUCACUUUGCUUUGCCAGGUGUCUGUCUUUAUGACCUACAUAUAAAGAAAAAGGGACUUCUAAGUAGAUAUCUUGCUCACUUUUCAAUCAGUAAAUUGUACAUGAUGUAGGCGGGGGAACAAAAAUAAUGGCAGAGCUUUGAUAGUUGCUCUUUGAGUAAAUAGCUGGAGUGAUAUUUAGCUUCAGAGAUUGUAAAAUCCCCUGGUUAUACUGCAGAGUCUGUAUAAAGCCAGUAUUUGGGAAGAUGCACUGCAAUUGACCAACGAGGGUUAAAUGACAUAAUUAGACUUUCCUACUGCGGUGAAGAUGACUUUCUGUUGUCCUUACACAUGACAAAUCCACUAAGCUUUGUUUAAAGACUUUGUUGGUGAAAUUGAUGCACUCCAAUGGCCAAUACAGAACUGACCACUUACUGUGCAUUUGUUUCAAAUGAGCUGCUAAGGCACUCUUGUGGCACAGUGAUAGUGUCUCUACCUUUAGAAUUAGGAGGCUUGGGUUCAAGUCUCACCUAUUCCAGAGUUGUGUUGCUGAGCACGUUGAUUAGAAAGUAUCUGAAAUAACCUGCUAAUUUAGCUUAUCAGCCUUUUGAGUGCUAUUGGUGUUCACCUCCUUAGAAGAUCAUGAAAGAAUCAUUCAUGAGAGGGCCUUUGAUUUAAAUCAAAAAUAGUGGUCAGAACAAUCUUACUGUAUGUGCUAGAAAUGCCAAUGCACUUAAAUUAGGAAAGUCAUCCAACAAAUUACCAAAACCACAUCUUGUCAGUGUUCAUCACGUUGCCAGUGAAUUUGGCCCAAUCGUUGAAGCCCACACCCCCUAAACAAAUACAAAAGAAAGGCUAAUAGCCACAGAUUAGCUACUUGCGCUAGGUAUUGAAGGGCUGUUUAAUGCAACAUUCCCUGGCUUGAGUUAGCAACACCAGGAACAGAGGCAUACAAAUAAAAGAAAAUUAGUGGGGGAAGCAGAAGGGAUAACUUGAUAAUAAAUACAAAGAAGCUUAACUUUGUUGCUGCAAAAUAUAAUUUAGAUCCUUGAUUUAAAUGAAGUAGUGUCACUUUUCAUCCCCUUCAAAGUCUUUUUUGGACUUUUAAUCCAUUAAGAAUUUAUAUUAUCAUUGUUGCAGCAACAUUAGACAAGGACAAGAAUAUUUCAACUGUUAGUGACGUAUGUGAAUGCAGCUGAUAAAUAAAUUGUUUGCGUUCUUUUUAAGUUUAAUAUUAUCCAUAUUUACUGAAAUAUAGGCAUAAUUAAAAACUAGACAACAUUUAGUAUUUGUCAAAACUGGAAAUAGGGCUUCUGGAUGAAUACAUUGACAUUGGAGAUUCAUUAGUUCUCAGUUUCCUUUUCCUUACUACAGUUUGUGAAGUUUGAAGAGCCUUAAUAAAGAAAAAUGUAAUUAUAAGCAUUUUUAUAUCAAUUUGUGAUACUGUAAAUUUCAACAAACCACAUCUUAGGAGCCAUGAAUUGUUUUAAUGAUCACAGCACAAUGGUGGAUGGUAAUUGCCUCAUUCAAAUGGAGUAAAAAUCAAUUAAAGAAAUUGUUGACAAUAUUUAAUAUACCAGAAGGCAAGCUAAACAAUUGCAGUGAAGAGCUUGACAAAACAAUUGGAGAUUCUGGGAAGAGCUAUCCUUUUGAAUAUGCAAGUGCAUAAAAUAAUUCAGUUUACAAAGAAGCCAGUUAGAGUUUAUAUUUAAUGAGUAUGAUCAUUAAAGAAGCUAGCCUGUGCUUGGCUUAUAACAAUGCCUGAGUACAUUCGGCCAAUGAUGUUUCCUUUUAAAUGUUACUCUUAUUGCUUGAUAACAUUCUUAAUCAAUCAUUUUAUAGUGCUGAGGAAAUAAUGCUAUUGAUUAAUGAUUGUGUGUUCCUGAACAAGCUACUGUAUGGUAUAAUAGUUCAAUUUUUACUUAUUGCUACUGUACAUGACAUUGAAGUAAAGUUUACAAACUGUGGGCAUGCAUGAAACCCAGUGUUGACUUUGUUCAUAAGUGGCUGAAGUUAAAGUCCAGCUUUUUGACUGAAUUAAUACAAAACAUCAGUUUAAUGGAUAUUUCAGCUACAUACGAUGACGAUCUGAUGCUGAUAGACUUAUAACCAAGUAAAGGCAGUUUUUUAAUAAUAAUUUAGAAAAUGUGAACAUAUUGUGGCAUUUAUUGAUUAUCCCUAAUUUCUCUUGUGAAGUGGUGUUGAGGCACCUACUCGAAUGUACUGGAACUUGCCAGGAUCUUUCAGAAGGCCGUUAAGAGUCAACUGCAUUGUCUGAAGUCAUAUGUAGGCCUAACCAUGUAAAAAGAGCAAAUUUCUUUCCCUAAAGGGCAUUAUAAAUUAUAUUUGUGUACCACCUUUCAUGCAUUAAGAUAAGCCAAAGCAUCUACAAUGCACUGUCGUAAUAUGGUGAUACCUGUAUCAUCACCAUAGUAUUUUCUUGGAUAUAAAAUAUUCAGUUCGUAAAAAUAAAUCUAAAACGGCAGACAUGCUUCAUUUUAAACUUCAGUUUCAAAGGAGGAAACUACCAUAUGGAAACAAAUCUAAUAUAUUCACAUUAAAUGAUACAUUUGAAAUAGGUUUAGGGCUACAUUUUUAUGUUUGGCAGAUAGGAACUGUUUGUCACUAAUUUAAGAAUCUGGAUUUAGAAGUCAUGUAUUUUCUUUCCAUAUAAUUCUUUUUAUCUUUCCCAACCCCCAAAACAUUUUUAUCCUUCUAGUCUUGUGAAGUAAAUUAAUUCUUGCAAGUUUUGUUUCACAUCAUUAUUGCAGCUCACAGUUGUUAACUUUAAAACAAUUAAAAUUUUUCUUAACCCAACAAAACAACAAGUAGCCUGUUUGUCUUUAAUUAUAAGGUAUAUUUUCUUGAGUAGCUGAGUGGCUGAUUUCCAGAACAAGGAAUCUGAUAGAAUCACAGGAAGGCACACAAUCCAGGGUUCCAUUGGCCAUGGAUUCAAGUUUUAGAAGGACAUCACGCUGCUAAAUGUUUGCAACUGAGCUUCUGUGCAGCAUCACUGGGGAAAUAACUCUCAGAUCAGCUGUGGGAGGACACUGCUUCUUCAUUUCAUUGCCCAAAGGCAAGUCUUUGUAAUUUAUUCAACAUGCUUGUUUUUUAGCUACAGGAAAGGCAAAGAGGCAAUUCCCAAGCAGACUUCAUCUGGAAUGGGGAUUGAAACCCAUGCUGUUGACAUUAAUCUAAUCCAUAUGUUAGUUCCCUAGCCAAGUGAACUAACCAGCACAUUGUCCUACCAGCACUAAUGUUCUUUUACAGUUUUCCUAGCUGGUAGGGAAAAGCUAAGAUGUGAAUAAAUAUAACAUUUAAAAAGCAGUACAAAAUGCUUGCAUAUAAAGUGUGUUAAAGAAGAUGCUCAAAUACCAAGUGAUGCUGGCCAUACAGUCACUAGAUUUUGGUUUAACGGCCUGGUUCACACUAGCUGUCUAAUCAUAAGGCUUUAAAUGUUUCAGAAGGUUAAUAGAUUGUUUGGGAAUUGUAAUGGCAGUGCACUGAAUCUCACCAGAAAUCAGAGUCCUUUUUGGCAAGUUUCAUCGAGUGUUUCUCCCCAUGAGGCCAAGUGAGUUAGCAUGCCAUUGUCCCAAAGACACAUCAUUACCUGUGUGCCACAUCCUUGUAUGCACUGCUCCAUGACUGAUCUCAUUUGCCAGAAGCAGAAGUGCUCAUCACAAUCAGACCUCCCAGCAUUCAUUGGGCCAGUGCCAUAUUUGAAGCCUAGCAGCACACUGGUGAAGUGCAGACAGUCUGACAUUACCCUUCACUGUAGACAGUGUGGGAGGACAACCAGAAAGUAAUGCUUCUCAGGACAUAUAGGUGACAUGGCUGGUACUUCAUUGCAUAGUAUUACAUCUGUUGCUGUUGAGGAUACACACCAUACAGCUUACCAGUCCUUGGCAAUACAAUAUAGGGAAGAGCUACUCUUUCCCUAGUGUCAGGUAUAGUCAACAUCUUAUAAUUUUCAAUGCAGAUCUGCCCUAUUCAGCAGGGCAGUUCACAACAGUCACUUCUAUUCAGCAACAACAGAAGUGAACAAACAACAGACAAAGAGAUGUCACAGUAAUCUCUUGGUGCAGAAAUGAACUGCUUGCAUUCAAGCAACAGCAGUCAAUCAAUGAUCAUUGCCCUCAGUUCUCAUUUACUGGAACUGAGCAUCAAUUAAAUCUUGCCUGGCUUGUUGCAACCAACACUGCACCAUUCUGUCAUGCGAAAGGUGAUUUUCUGCCUGCUUAGCCUCCUUCUCAGAUGACUGCUGCCACUUUCCAGGUCUUCAGUGGCAAUUACCUUCCCCUGUUUGCCUGCUUGUGUGGUGCAAAGCAAACAUGUAAGAAUUAUGUGACACACAUUAUCUGAGUAUGCUGCAUGGCUUCCGAGGCUCAUGCAAGCAUUGGAACCUCACCUUCAGGACAGUAUUGUCUGCUCCAUAAAGACCCUGGUUGAAGAAGGGGCUACAUUGUAUCAACACAAGGCCUCAUUCAGGAGGUUGUGUAAUGGAGUCAUCAGCAUGGUCACAGAGUAUAGACCUUGUUUGACAAUAACCAUCCGGCACUUUGAAUGAGGAAGGAUCAUGAGAUUUCCCUCCAGGUUAAUAAGCAUCAUGGCAGCUUUCUGACGCAGAUGCCAAAGACAUGAUACCAAUGAUUUUGGAACACUCGCACAUUGGUGAAAUAGAACUCUUUUCUGUUGAUGAACGCAGCUCCAUUAUGGUAUGGGCCUCUCAAUGUGAGUAUAACUUAUCGCACCCUGCACCAGCAGGAAACCGGUGAUGUUAGCACGGCCUGCGCCCUGGGCUGCAACAUUAACCUCGACUUGAGGAAAAUGAGAUGAUGUGGUGAGAUCUGGCACAAAUUAUAUCAGAAGCAGCCAUAAAGCAGUUGUGGGUGGUUUGAGAGAGCCUGCCCAAGUCCCCGUUGGUGCCUUGGAGGCAGCCAAUAGCAUAAAACAUUAGCACAGCUGACGCCUUGUGACAGCCAAGCAUCCCUUCAGCUAACAAGUCUCACUCCAGCAGCUGGGAUAAUUCUGUAACAGUGCCAGACACUGCACCUUGCUCAUCUGGAGGAAGUGGCAUCAAGGACAAUAGAAUUUGUCCCUCCUGUGCAUUCAAAGCAUACCUUCAUCUGUGACCUCUUCAGGCACAAGCUGUUUGUUAUCAGCUGGAGCUUGCUGUUGGCCCUCGCCUUGCUGUCACAUUGGUCACUUUGUUUCCCUGCACCUUUGCUGCACCAUAGCCAACAGCAAUGAUAACCCUUGCUGUGGCUAGAUUGUGGUGAGCUGGUGUGCAACAUAAGAUGUGGAACAGGGUUUUAGUAACAUGAGCAGUCAGCAUUCACAUCACACACACAUUGCCUUCGACACAGUGUGACAUUAAAUACACUGACACUUAGGGCUAUGGAAUUGCUUUAAAUGGAAUUUUGAUGUAGGAAUCAUUGUCUCCUAGGUGUUUACACCAUGGAAGGAGGCCUUUUAGCCCAUCGUGCCCCUACUGGUAAACAGAUCUGAGUACAUGAAUUUUUCAGCUUUUGGCCCAUAGCCCUAGAGCCUAUGACAAUGCAAGUGAAUAUCUCCAUGCGAUUUAAAUGCCACGAGAAUUUCUGAGCCAAUCACCGUUUCAGGCCGUGAGCUAUAGAUUCCCACCACUCCGCGUGAAAAAUUUCUUCCGAGUUCUCUGUCUUCUUUAUCUUACCUUCCCACCUGGCUAUCAAUCUCUCAGCUCAUGGAAAAUGCACCUUUUGUCUCUGCCCCAUCUAUGUUCCUCAAUCUGAAAUACUUCAAUCAGGUUCCCUCUCACCUUCAUGGCUGUCUGGUGAACAUCCCAGCCUGAUGCUGAUGGAUGCAUCAGCAGUUUUGUCACACACAGAUAGUAGGAAAUUGUAAGUGCCACAUGAGGACUGAAUCCUUCACCUGCCAGCUCCACAUCACCUACAAAAGGCAUUAUUAUAUUUGAGAGCAAGUUGAUGCUUACAUGCAGCUCAAUGUGCAAGGGCAUCAGUUUCAUGCCUUUGUGAUGUCAAUGAGAUCUUUGUUUGAUUUGUGAACAGUGGCUUGCAGAUGCCAUUUUUAAGGUGGUCUCUGAUUACUUCUGCCUCACAGAGAUGACUGCCUUCAGUCUGCACUGACAAAUGACAUGGUUCAGAUUGCAUGUGAUCAGCAUUCACACCUCACCCCGUUGCGCACUGUGCAUUCACACCUCACCCAGUUGCGCACUGUGCAUUCACACCUCACCCAGUUGCACACUGUGCAUUCACCUGCAUAAUGCUAUGUUUCCAGAUAACUUCACCCCUCUGUCCUGUGAAAAUGCCGGAAUAGUGUUGUCCCUUUAAAGGGCCUUAAAUCACUCUUAAGUACAGCCCAUGUACUCAGAUUAAAAGCUUUGACUCUGUCUUCUCCAUUUAUUGUCACAGCCAUUUUUAAUUUGCAGUUUGAGACAAACAUAAAAACCGCACAGUCCCUGUCUUCUUGGGCCACCUUUGAUGGCCAACAUGUACAGAUCCCCCAUGUGUUCAUGCACACCGCCUGGAAUUAUGUCUGCAGCUCUCAUCGUUACUUCCUGAGCCCCAGUAUUACAUUUCUGUCUUGCCCACUAUCGUUAUGUACAGUCUUCCAACUGAGGCUGUGAUUGGUGAUGACUGCCUUCAACCUCCCCUCCCACAUGAUCCCAUAUACUAUCAGAGAUAAUGGGAACUGCAGAUGCUGGAGAAUUCCAAGAUAAUAGAAUGUGAGGCUGGAUGAACACAGCAGGCCAAGCAGCACCUCAGGA